AUGAAAAGCCCGGUGGACCCCGAAUUCCCGAUUCAAGGAACCCGGGCCGCUAAGGAAUUUCACGAAGCGGUGUCCUUGACGACAGAGAGCUUCCUCACCUAUCACUCUGAAUGGGUUCGUUUGUCAGGAGCGAACCGUAAGACCAGCUCGGUCCAUAUCCACCGGGCCGUAUGUGAAGCACUGAGGCUUAUGCAUUCUUUUGAUCAGCUGGAUGCGAGCGCCCUCGCUGUGGGAGAGCAUUUGACGAGGUGGGUGAUUCAGACUGAGCUGGCGGUGGAGCGUAAUCCUGCCGCUCCAGAUUUCAGUGGACUUGACAUCGUGAGCGGGACCGCGCAACUGCCCGACGGGAGGGCAGCAACCACCAAGUUCUCGGAGUGGGUCUCUGCGAGGCUCAAGGACAGGGCUUCUCUGUGGAAGCAAGAGAGGCUCUUCAACCAGGAACGUCGUCAGCUCCGAGGUCGCGGCUACCGGGGGGACGGUGACGAUGAGAGCAGCUCCGAUGACGGAGGCAAGGGCAAUCCGCACAAGAAGAAGAAGAAAAAGAAGAAGGGAGGCAAAGGUGACAACGCGGCGACCGGAGAGUGGAUGAUGGGAGACAUUUGGCGGAGGGUUGCCAUGUACGGGGAGUGCCCAGCCGACGUGACUGAGGCUUCAUCCCUCGGUGACCUUUGCAGGCGUGCCAACCUGUACUCGCAGGAGGCCUGCCACCUUGUGGACACGGACCUCGGGAAGAUCAAGAUUUUGCGGAGGAGGCUCCAACCACAGGAUGCUAGGGACCUGGCUCCCCCCGAGACCAAGUGCUACCUGGACAAGUUCAAUGUGUUGGUUGAGAGGACUCCGGAGGAGCUUGAGGGGCUUCGCUGUACGGGGAGCCUAGUGGAACCUUACUGGGACCCCCAUCUUCGGCGAGAUCGGCUUCUUCGGCUCCAACUCUACCAGGCCCUCUUUGAAGCGAACCUCCUGACUUUCCGCCGUCGUCGCAAGGCACGUGUGGGGUUCUUUACCGUGCGUAAGAAGGACACAGACCAACAGCGGCUCAUUAUUGACGCGCGGCAAGCAAAUGCUUGCCACAGGCCUCCACCGACGACCCGCCUUGCGACACCGGCGGGAAUGACAAAUCUUGAUCUGUCACCCGGGUCCUUGGAAUCUGAUGGAUUUGGCGGUUACCUCGGCGAAGCCUGUGUAUCGGGCGAAGCCGGCGAUGUGGGAGACUGCUUUUACAACUUCACUGUCCCUGCCUUGGCCGCUUGGUUCUGCACGGACGAUGAUUUCGACCAGGCCGAGCUCGCGACCUUGGGCAUCCACGUGGACACCGUCUAUGACGAUGAGGCCGGCAAGGAGCUUCCUCUCCAGGCGGGGGAGCGCGUUUAUGCGGCAUUCAAAGGUGUCCCUAUGGGUUGGAGUUGGGCGCUCUACAUCGCGAAUGAGGUGGUGAACCAUCAGGUGAGUUUUACGAGCACCAGACCAGGCGAGGACGAAAUUCGAGACCGAGCCCCUCCUCCAUCGCUGCUCCCCGGCCGUCCUGUGGUCGGGACCUACGUGGACAAUAUCCAUACAUUUGGGGGCUACACGGGCGAGGCGGGCGAGCGCAUGAAAGCCAUUGCCGAUCGCUUUGCCUUAUUGGGUAUCCCCUUCGAGGUCGAUGAUGUCGAGGGCCAGGGCUGGAUGCACAGCCUCGGGUUGCGCUUCGACUUUGGUGACCGAUGUACGGCCCGAUCCAAAGCAUCCCACGCGUGGUCCCUUUGGAUGGCUACGCGGGGACUUCUCCGACGACGUCGGGUGAGUGGGCGCCUUCUUCGUGUUUGGUUAGGGCUGACCAACUUUCACUUUCAGUUGGCUCGGCCCGCGCUCAGUACGCUAUCUGCCACCUACAAGUUUACAGCAGAGCACCUGGAACACAGGGCUCCGCUCUGGGCUUCGGUUCGUUCAGAACUUCGCGACGUUCUCGGCCUCAUCUUCCUGGUCGAGGUCGACAUGUCCGCCCCGCUGUGUACCGAGGUGCACGUGGGCGAUUCUUCGGACCGUGGCUAUGCGCUUAUGAGCACCACUUCUAGCCACAAGGAGGUUAGGGAAGCCCUUCGUCAUCACGAACGGUGGCGAUUCAAACAUAGCACAGAGCCUCUCCCUUCGCCUCUUUUCGAUUGUGCAGAGACUGGCCCUUUGGGCUACAUUGGUCAGUCCCCUUCGUCCGGCCUCGGAAAGACUACACAGUUCGGCAAGGAGCUGGCGGCUGCAUUGGACUCUUCUCUCCGAGAUCCUCUUUUCAAGCGGCGACGCAUGAAGCUUUUGGGUCCCUCGACCGACCUCGAGAAGACCGUGAUCGAGGGACCGGCGAUCCCAACCUUAGCGGGAUCUUGGGAUGAUCCUCACCGCUGGACCCUGGUGACAGCCAAGCCUUGGAAGGGCGUCAAAGAGCACAUCAAUCUUAAGGAGGCGAGGGUCUGUUUGAUGAGUCUGAGGAGAUUGUGCCGUACCACCCGUAAUUUGGGAACCACGGCAUUGACGAUCACCGAUAACUUAGUUUCGGCUCUUGCUUUUGAAAAGGGCCGCAGCGGUUCGCGGCGAGCCGCCGCCUACCAGAUGGCCGGCCGUAUCCAAUGGAGGCUUCGCCACAUCGAGAGCAAGAGGAAUGUGGCGGAUGCACCGUCGCGCUGGUUUGGGCCUGAUCUUCCUCGACCCGGUCGACAAGGUGAGGUACUAGAGACCAGCCCUCCACCCAUACAUCGGCUCCGCUACGGAUCUGGUCUUCUACAUGAUCAGCAUGGUCCCGGGGCUCAUGGCACCCAGGGCUCGCAUCGUCGAGUCGACUCUUUUGAGCUGGGCCGUGAGCUCCUACCACCUGUUGGUCCUGGUGAGGACGGGGUUCUGAGACCGCCGACUACACGACGGGACGAGGCUUCUCCUCGCUACUUCCUCGAGCUUUUCUCUGGCACCGGACGACUGACUUCCGCUGUACAGGAGGCGGGCCUUCGGGUGCUUCCCGACUUUGAGGUCGGCAAGGGGUCCUCUUUCGAUCUGAUGCGACCAGCAAACCAGGAGCUGAUCUUCAGCAUGAUUAGGAACCGUGAAUGUUUGGCAGCAGGUGUGCGAUUCAGCCUAGAAAAUCCUCAGACGAGCCGGCUGUGGGAGUUCGGUCCAAUUCGGGACAUCUUCCUUAACAAGCACGCCUGCUUCUUCACCUUCCACAUGUGCGCCUGGGGCACCCCAUACAAGAAACCGACGAGCAUUCUCACGGACCUUCGUUCACUCAACAGUCUAGUCAAACGCUGCCCAGGAGAUCAUGUUCAUCAGCGACUGCGGGGAUCACUGAUGUCGUUUGUAAACGGCAAACUUCAUUCGUGCAACCGCACCGCUGCAGCCGGUGCUUAUCCAGAGCUAUUGUGCACAACUUGGGCUCAACUGCUUAAAGAUUCCGCGCCACCAGAAGCUGUCGGGGCAACGACUCCGGGGGCAGUACUUAGUUUUCUUCAUGGCGUCGAGGCGGCGACCCAUCGAGCUCACCGACCACAUGAUGCAACUGCCGGCGGGGAUCUUCGAGAACGUCACCAAGAUCAGGGCAACUAUAAGUUCCUCCGAGACGCCAAGCGGUAUCUCCAAACGCAUCCGGUCAUCUUCGGACACUUCACUGCCGAGGACAUCGCCCAACUCGCCGGCUACAGGAAGCUCGACGAUUACCCCGAAAAGACGCGCGAAGCCCAGGACGACACCAGAGGGGACGGCCCUUUCUCCCCUCCUACGUACCACAAGCACGUCCGCGAGUUCGAGGCAUGGGCCCGUGCUCACAGACAUCGAGUGACCAAUAAAAAUUUGGAUCGGCUAGUGACCCUCUACCUGAACUUCUUGGAAGAGGAUGAGGAGAUCCAGCCCUCCAGCGGUGCCUACGUGAUCUAUGGCUUGCAGUUGCUACGCAAUACGGGGCCCAAGCAUGAGUUCCUCUCAAAUGCCAAGGAGGCACUCAGUGGAUGGAAGAAAAUUCAGCCAGGAGGCAUGCGCCUCCCUGUGCCGGAAGAGUUCAUCUUUGACCUAGGCCUCUUGGCUCUGCACCAGCAGCGAGGCGACUUGGCAUUUGCCCUCGCCCUUCAGUAUGACACGUACCUGCGACCCUCGGAGCUGCUCAGCCUCACCUUGGACCAUGUUGGUUACCCAGCAGGAGGCCGUUACAACAAAUGGUCUCUAGUAAUUGCACCGUCGGCCUUGGGAGAACGUACCAAGCAAGGCACCUCCGACGACUCAGUCAUGAUCGCCGAUCGAGCUGACCGUCGUUGGCUCUCCGAGGCAAUGGCUCUAUAUGUGGGUAAAUGCAAGCACGAGCUCUUCCCACAGAUCACACUGGCCUUCUACGAACGUUGGUGUGCGAAGAGUUGCGAACAACUUUCCUACCGCUCGGCUUGCAUUAUGCCGCAUAUUCUCAGACAUUCUGGGGCAUCCAACGACAUGUUCCACAAGAGACGCUCAUUGAAUGAGAUCCAGAAGCGUGGCCGUUGGCAGGCCCGCAAAAGUGUUGCUCGCUAUGAAAAGCAUGCAUUGUUGCUCAAACGAUGGGAGCAAGCUUCACCGAAACGAGUGGCCUCGAUUCGGCGACAGUCUCAGAGCUUUGGCUCAGCCCUUCUGAGCUUCUUCAAGACCUCCAAGCGCUGA